AAACACAGCGUAUAUUUUCAAAACGCAAAGCAAAAACAUCAACAAUCUUCUUUAAACUUCGACUUAAUUUUUCUUUAAUCCCUAACUCUAGAUUUGGGGGAUUAUUAACCAUUAAUGUUCAAACUUUAACUCAUGUCUCUAUUUUGUCUAGAACUAUAAUCCGACGAAUUAGUGGAAACGCAUAGCCAUAAUUCAUAAUAAUGUGCGGGCGCACUGCAUGGUAAAUCUGAAAUGAAUUAAUACUUAUUUAUUAUUUAUUAUUUAAUAUUAUUAUUAAUAGUAAUAUUAACAGUAAUAACAGUAAUAUAUUAUAAUUAUAUAUAAUAGGCGUAAAAUAGACCUAUGCCUAUAACUAUAGUUAUAGUCUAUGGCUAGUAUCUAGUUAUAGUACCGGUACCAACAUUUAAUUACUAAAUUAGUAAUUUAUUAAAUUACUUUUACUUAGUCAAGUAACUAAACUAAGUAACUUAUUUUUAGCAUUAGUAACUAUUAGUAGGUUAUUAGGCUCAGGCCUGAUUAUCAGUUACUCUACAAAAGUCUACUUGCCACAAGUUUUCCUGCUGUUCUUACACUCUCACACUGGACUUAAGUAGAUUUAUAUUAAAGAGACAUAAAUACUUUUAUAGAACAUUAUGACAAUUAUGAAGAGCAGGGCACAUACUUCUAAAGAGGGAAGCUAAAGAAAUAAUUAAUUAGGCUAAGUUAAAAAAAAACCAACACCUUAGAACAUUAGACUGAUUGAUAAUUAAGUCAUGCUCAAUUUUUUUUCAAAGUCCACACUCAAGCAAUGUAGCACUUAUUCACUAAUUAUUUUUUUGAGUUUUUUUAUAUAGUUUAUUUGACAUUUGUUGCAAUUUGUUCCCUUAAAAUCAAACUUAUGGAGUUGCACAUAUUUUAGUUUGUAAAAGUCUGAAGUUUCACAUGAAUUUUAAAUUCUUUUUGAUAAUUUAUUAUCAAAAGACUUUUAGUGUUUUUGGCCAACUAUACUAUAACUUAAAUAACUAUAUUGUGUUGGGUUUUAAAAAUGUUCCAGUUUCAUACCUUUGCUUGUUCAUAUCCUUUUCAGCACCUUAGCACCUGAUGAAAUUAUUGGUGCAUGCACUUAUACAGAUAAAAAUGGCAACAGAAAACAACCACAGUGGAUUGAUGCAUCAGGUGGUCAGAAGUACUGGCCUUCCUAUAACAAAGCACCAAGCUCAUACACGUAAAUAAAAUGUUAAUUGUUCCAGUCUCACUGAAAGUUACUUUUAUUGUUUUAAAUUGUCUUUGAUGUUUUAAAGGUGAAAUAUUUUUUUUUAAAAAAAGGCUUUUAUUUUUCAGACCAGUUCUAACAUCUGGAAAACACUUUGAUCAUUCAUUUCAUGACUCAAAAUCUGAUCGUGUUGUGACACCAAUGAAAUGGGGAAUGACACCUUCAUGGCACCAAGGAGAUCCUUUUAAAAUCCCUUAUGAAACUAAUAACUGUCGAGCAGAAGGAAUGUUAGAAAAGAAAACAUACAAAGUUCCCUUGAAGAAAGGAUUUCGAUGUGUCAUUUUGGCUGAUGGGUAAAACUCAUUGAUGUUUUUUAUUUUUUAAAGUUAUUAAAUGGAUUUCUCAUUGCAAUUAUCAAGCUUUUAGAUAUUUAGAUAGUUAAAUUUAAUCUUUAUGAAGAAAAAGUAUUCUCUAAUGAACUAUUCAUGUUUUAUGAUUGAAGAAGACUAUUAAGCAAGAUCAUUUGUUAUCAUGCCUUUGUACUACUAAUCUUGACUUUAUAUUCCCCAGGUUCUUUGAAUGGAAAACAACAAAAGAUGGCAAGCAGCCAUAUUUCUUUUAUUUGCCCCAGCCAGACACUGUUCAAUUCCCAUUCCGAACUGUGGAAACUGCAUUGAACGACAGUAAAUUGAGCCAAGGUUCUCCAAAAAAGGAAUUAGAGGCUACGCAUGAGCCAGAUUUUAAACUGUCUGCCUCUAAUUUGAAAGUGGAGCACUUGAGCCAAUCAGACAAUGAGGACAGCAGAGAAAUGAAGAUAGAAGUACAAGAAGGGAAAGAUUUAAAAGUAGAAAACCUCCAGGAGAAUCCUAAAGUUGAUGUCCCUACGUGGAAUGGGCCUAGACUCCUGCCUAUGGCUGGUGUUUUUGAUAUUUGGAAACCACAUGAUGUAAGUUAAAAUACAGGAUGGUGCAAGAAGUAAGAUAUCAAUAAUUUAUUUUAAUUGUUGCUAGUUUUCAUGCUGUGCUUGAAAGAAGGCUAAUUAGUUGUUCCAUUUUGGUUGCAGGGUUCUCCUCCCUUGUACUCUUACAGUAUCAUUACAGUAUCAUCAUCAUCAGAUAUGGACUGGUGCCACCAUCGCAUGCCAGUAAGUCUAAAAAUAAACCAUAUUUAUAAAAAAAUUGUUGCUGUAAUAAUUCUUGUACCAUGGGCUUCCCACCAUCAUGAAAGCAACUCCUUGAGUGUUGAGCAUUUUUACUCCUCAUGCCCCGAGUAUAUUAGUGUUUCGCCCGAGGCCAAUGUUAACUAUCCGGCUUGUGUCUUUCUCGUUUCACAAAGAAGGGUGAGCUUGUAUGUUCUCAUUUCUUCUGCCACUUGUGCUGCUUUUUCUGUUUUGUACAUGGCUCUAACAUUCCACGAGCCUAUGCCUAUUGCCAUUAAAGGAGGGACCUCAGCUUUGAGGUUUCCAGGAUACCUUGGGUUAGGCUGCAAGGCUUCACACACAACACAUCUUGGGUACAGGAGUCCUCUCUUAUCAGGGGUGAAAUUUUUUUUUUUUUUUCUUCUUGUUGACGUUUCUGUAGCAAUUGUUUUUUAAAGACGAGGUAGCUGGCCUUAUGCCAACCCUCCUCUUUUGGCACCUGGGCUUGGGACCGGCCAUACCCAAGCUUGAAGUGAUCUUUCAUCUUAUUUUUUUCAGGCCAUUUUAACAUCUGAACAGGAAAUCCAGGACUGGAUUGAUUUCUCUACCAUUCCGCUAGAAAAGGUUUGUGAAUAAACUUAAACUAAAAAGUUUCUAUUCAUUUCUGCAAUUGUUUUUUUUUUUACCACAAUUUUUAUACUAUCCUGAAAUUGUAUAAGCAAUUCAUUAAAAAAAAAAAAUGAAAGGAUAAUAUGAAAUAUUUUAACAAAUCAAAUGGUACCUCAGCAUGACUGACUUUAUAAUAAUACUUUAAUACAUUUAUUAUUAUAUGAAUGAAAAUUGGAAACCUUUACACAGUGGCUUUUCUACGAUUAGAGCUGCCACAGGCUGGCCGAGCAUUACAUCCCCACCCACUCCAAGAAAAAAAACUCUGCAGUUGGCUGAAAAUGCAGCCCCUCCAUAUAAAGAAUAAAAUAAAUUCCUGAAGCAGACCCCCUCCAACUCUACACCAUUGUCUUUGCCUUUACAGUAUCUCAUUAACCUAACAAACAUAAAUGCUAUUUCAUUGCUGUAACUGACAUCCGUCAGGUUUUCCAAAUUUUACAUGAGAUGAAAAUAAAACAACAGUAAUAAUUUUCAAACUUUUAAAACGUUUGGUUACUGUAGAUCAUUUGACGGACAAUGUAUUUCUGCCAAUGCUAUUGUAAAAAUAUUUUUAAUAAAUUUAAAAAAAAGGCAUUUUUGGACUUGAGCAUUUAUAGAGUCACAGAUAUACAUGUCUCAUUUGUAAGGGUGUUCCAUCAAUCAUUGUGUGAUUGUUAACUCUUGUCCACACAGGCCACAUCCUUGAUCAAGCCCCAGAAAUGUUUAAGCCAUCACCCUGUGUCUACAGCUGUCAACAGCUCCAGAUACCAUGCUCCUAACUGUGUAACUCCGGUGGUACUUGGGUGAGUGAUACAUACAUUAUAUCUAUUAGUUUACUUAUUUAGUUAUGCUCUAUGAUGUUUAAUUUAAAUUGUAGCAUUUUUGUUAGGGGAAAUGUUUAUAUUUUGUUUUACUUUUUUCCAUUAAUACAAAGGGCACCAAGUUUACAAGAAAUAUGUAUUUGAUUUUCAAUUUAUUGCUAGAACUAGAAUAUUUCUUAAUAUGUUAGGUUUCGGUACUGGAGUGGGACUUGGGAAAGUGCACUCCUUUUGUUUUGGUAUAACUUGAAUGGGUGGGGGAAAAAUAUUUUCCAACCAAAAUCCACAGUCAUUUUUAUCCGGAUCCCUAAUGGAGCUGGACUACAAGAGUUAACCAUAAAUAUUUAGCCAGCAUGAGAAUGAUGUUCUUUAAUUGCCAGUUUAAAAAAACAACAACAUAACCUUCCACUUACAAAUACUCGAGUCAUGAGUGAUUAAAUAUUUAAUAGCCUAACUAAUACAUUUUAAUCUUUUUUCCUUACAUAAGGAAACCAAAAUCCAACCCCAGCAGCAACCUCAUGAUGAACUGGCUCAAAUCUGGAUCCCCAGCAAAGAAGAUGAAAUUGGUGUAGUGCACAGUGAUGUUUUCAAAGACAUGUCAUUUGGUUUCUUCUUUGUAUAUUUGUAAGAAACAUUGCAACAAAAACAGAACUAAGUACCAGUACUUAAUUUUUUUGCAUCACCAUGGCCUCACCUGGAGCACUUCAUGCAGUACCAAGAUAGUUUGGUUGUGCGUACAAGAAAUGAAGGUGUUUAUGUAAAAAUAUGAUUGAAAAAAUCCAACUAAUGGUAAUUAUUUUCUUGAUGUUGUCACCCAAAAGUCUUCAAUAGUGUAACACUAGUUCAGUGUUUACUAGAGUCAUCUUUAUUGUCCAUAUUGCAUUUAUUGAGAAAAGUUUCAAAGCAUUAACAC